AUGGUGCAAAAUCUUGGGAAAGACUCAAAGCCAAAAGAUAAGGUGGAUAUUGCACCUGGCGCGGGGAAUCUCGUGUAUCAAGCUCAGUUCCCGUAUGUGCCGCCAGCUGUCUGCGCGGCUUGCGGAUCUUCCCUCAACUAUCCUGCACCUCCUGGCACUAUCAAUGCGAACCGAGAUUUUCUUCCCUUACAAAGCGUCAAGACACAACACCCAUUGCCAUUAAACACUCCAUUUUGGUCACCUACUGGUAGUAACCAGGAAAGGGCGUUGUUCCAAGAUCAUCCGUAUGGUCCUGCUAAUUACCUGCAAUUACCCAAGAAGAAUUGUCGGUAUCAAUGCAUGAUAUGCCAGAAACCGUUUUUACGUCCCAUCCAGCUCAUUACUCAUGUGCGCUCUCACACCGGUGAGAAACCAUUUCGCUGUCCUAAUAUUGGAUGUGAGAAAAUGUUCUCCGUUUCGAGUAAUGCUAAGCGUCAUGCAGGAAAAUGUCCAACUACCAGAGAUGCGGGUCAAAAAACUUCUUCGGUUACAUAG